AUGAGUGAGCAAAUAACCGACAAAUUAAAUAUUCAGCCUACAAACUCUUACAUUUACUGCGCUGUGCUUACAUCUUUUCUCGUUACUCUUGUAAAUAAUUGUUACGCAUACUUCAAAGUUUCAGGAAAGGACACUGCGUCCUACACAGCAUCCACACUAUAUUUAAUGAAAUUCGUCAAACUAAAACUGAAGAACGGUGAAUGGGAUGCGCGGUAUACCCAAGAGCUCCAGGGAUAUAUAUCGCACGAUCAGUUUAUGUCAACGGUCUGUUUGUUGAAUGGAGCCAUCGCAAGGGCAGCACCACCGCUAUUUAAGCUCAAAUGGUGGAGAGCCGGCAUCGUUUCCAUUUGGUUCCUUGUGGCGGCAGUAUCGGCUGUGAUAUGGUACUACACUGGAUUCACUAUGAUCAUUGCCUUGGAGCCAAUCAUCAUGAUAUUUAGUAGUAUGCUAUACAUGAUGGUGUUCCAUAGACAGACAAAUGCGUUUGAGCUGGCCGUGGAGGAUAUUUGCGAUCGACUUAAUGCAACGGAGAACGUACGAGGCAUCCGAUAUGCGUUUCAUACAAGUAGGCUAUCCAACGGCAAUAACGUAUUGCAGUGGAUUGGUGGAAGUACUGCAUCAUAUCAUAUUAUGGUCGAAUUCGACGAUCGCUACAAUAUGCUCGAGAAAUUUGGCAAGAUAUCUUGUGAUGAGCUGGUCAAUGUUCCAUUCGAACCUCAAUGGCUUUGUAAAACGAAGCCAGACGUGUAA